AUGGAGGCGCCACAGCGGAGAGACCGGCUCGUGGGGCAAUCCCUCACCUCGCGCUAUUCGGAGUGGGUGGUGGAGGCUCUGGAUGAGCUCACCGACAAUUUCCUCAUCUCCGAUCCCUGCAUCUCCGGGCAUCCGAUUGUGUUCGCCAGCCCGGGUUUCCUCAAGAUGUCCGGAUACUCCAGGGAGGACGUGCUGGGGAGGAAUGGGAGGAUUUUUCAGGGACCUGGGACGGAUCGGCGGUCGGUGAUCGAGAUCCGGGAGGCAAUUCGGGAGGAGCGGACGAUGCAGAUUAGCCUCCUGAAUUACAGGAAGGACGGCAGGCCGAUGUGGAUUCUCUUCCACCUCUUCCCCGUUUUCAGUAGAGACGACGGGCAGGUGAUACACUUCGUGGCCGUCCAGGUUCCGAUAUCGGGACGGUCAGCGGUCGGCCGUCGGCAGGGUCAGAGGUGCCUCGGUGGAACGGGUUCGGUCGUCGGGUCGUGUCGGAGAGAAGUUUGCGGAGAGAUGGAGCUGUUGUGCAAUCUCACCGUGGAUUCGUUCGUGGAUUCCGACAACAGAGGUGGGAAUCGUCGUCCCAAUUCUAGAGUAAAUCGAUGUAUGCACUUGUUUAUUACAUUUCACUCGUAUUUAUUUUGUUUGUUUUAGUGACGAGUGGCUAUUCCCUCUGAACCCAAAUCUGUGCGUUACUCAUUGCAUUGGGGUUGCAGACGCUGUGCUUUGACAUGGAUUCGUCCUGGGUCCUUCGAAACUUUCAUUGGUCUCUGCGAUUUUUUAUAGAGUAUUUCAGUCCUCCGCGCGUCACAUAUGCAGCAGAUCGAUUCGAUUUAAUUGAUUGAUUUCGACUGUUCCGCUUCUUUAUUCCUUUUUGUUUCUGCGAACUGGUUUCUUCAGAUUUUUUUUCUGCCCUCUCGGUACAAUUGCAAUCGGUCAUGGUUGUGAUUGAGAAUAUCUUAUGAUUAUUAUGAUUGGUGGGGACCUAAAAAUGGUAUAAUAUUUUUGGGAUUGGAUGGCGCAUAUAAUAAUUAUAAUGAUUUCCAUUAACAUGCGAUUACCGUGCUUAGAUCAUGCAUCAUCCUUGGUACGAAAUUUCUUGAUUCUUCUUAGUGGACUUAGUUUGAUGCACCCUCGUUAUCUUUUGUGGUUAGAUUACUUCAGUAGUGUAAUGAUAGCAUUUUUCUUAGAACUCUGAUUCGUAACGUCAGAAAGUGGUGUGUUGUGCCAGUCAGUUCUCACUUUAUUUUUUGUGGAUGAACUCUUACAGGACUUGAGGCUAAAGAGUCAUGUGAAGUGGGGGACCUUGAGAAACAGAAAGCUGCAGAUGCUGCUAAUAAUGUUUUCUCCACUCUGACCCACUAUAGUGAGCUCACUGGUAGAAUAGUUUGUAGAACGCGGUGUAGCUCGGCUGGCGCUGCUCCUCUUCCUUCAUCACUUAAUAUAUCUCUUGGUAGAAUCAAACAGAGCUUUGUAUUGUGAGUUGUUUCAAGUUCCUGUUCCUAUUACAGUAUUCCCUCGUUAGAAUUAUUCUGAAGUGCCUCUGUAGCAUCCGGCACUACCGCAUCUAGAUUCUCACAAAUCCUAAUUUUUACGUCUCAGGACUGAUCCCCAUUUCCCUGGUAUGCCCAUUGUUUAUGCUAGCGAUGCAUUCCUGAGCUUGACAGGUAUUCAAUAUCUCAUUGUUUUUAUUGACUUUUGUCUUUUCUCUAUCUUAUGGAUUUCAGUGCACGUCAUUUGAUGCUGCAAAAUUUUUCUGAGAAUUUUUAUCACUAUCCUGUUUAUUGAAGGGUAUGAAUCUGGUGUUAUGUCAGUAGUCCGCUCUUGAUGAGCCAAUGACGAUCUCCCUGUCCUUUUGCCGUUUAUUAUGUAACACUAGAAUACCAUGGUACUCAUGAACUGAGCUAAAUUCUUUAGCAUACAUUAUCCUGCUUAUUUCUGGUAGCAUGUCAUGGCAUUAUUUCCUUCCAUGAUUUCACUUGAGACUGCAACCUGAUCUGUGUUUGAGUUCGAGCAAUUUGUCAAAUCAUGGUUCUGGUCAGCUAUUUUUGAUCUCAAUGGAUGUGAAUAAAAAUUUUACAAGGUUCGAAAGCCAGAAAACCAGCACCCAGAUUUCGGAAUAGGAAUCAAUGCUUCAAGAUCUGGGUGCUGUUUUUCUGUCUUCCAAACCUUGUAAAAAUUUUAUUCAGAUCCAUUAAGAUCAAAAAAAAUCUGACUAGAACCGUACAACAAAAAUUAUCCUCUGUACCGAAAUUCAUCAAAAGUAUAAGUUGAGAACCCGGAAUCGGGAUAGUUUAUUUUAAAGUCUUGCUAGCAUCUUUUAGUUCCCUCUUGUUGAAAAAAAAAUGGAAUAUGAGAAAAGCUUUCACAUCGACAGUGUGGACUGAUUGAACGAGAGUUUUUUUCAAGCUGCCAUCUGGAGAUCCUCAGCACAAGAGAUGAUUAUCUUUGUUUGAAACUUGCUAUAAUUUUCUCAAUGAUGCAUUUACGCCAUUAAUCGUGCUUUCAGAAUGUUUCGACUUUGGGAAUUAAUUAAUCCCCAUUAUUUUUUUUAAUGUUGAAUUUUUUGUUCAUGUAUAUCGUAGCUCUACCGAUCUUUUUUUGGCUUUUAUUCUUCGUGCUAGAAUGUUGCAUGUGGUAACCGUAUUCCCUGCCGCCCAUUAAAUAAGUUUUUGAUCGUAUUUCCGAAGACUCAUAAAGAAGAACUCAAGUAGGUAAGUUUUGUGGCUUCGAAAUGGAGCACUGAGAGUAAAAUCGUAUCUCUUUGAUGACUUAUGAGUGCACAUCAUAUUGUUGUCUUAAGUAAUUGAUCAAAAUUUUCUUUCCAGUUUAUCUCCUACGAUAAUCUAAGACAGAGAAUUCUUGCUUUUAGGGUAUCUUGAGUGUGAAGAUUUUAUGGCCUAGAUUGUUAUCUGCCUCUGCGUCCUCCUGCCCAAUAUCCUAAUGAAGAACAUGUACACAUCCAUUAUCAUUGGACCAACGAGUUUUGGGAGAGAUCAGGGAAAGAAAAAAAAGGAAGAAAUUGGUCAUGGGCUACACAAUUUAUUGGUUAUUACUGAAAUGAAGCUGCGAUUAUGAAGAAUCGAAUCCCUCUAAUUUAAUGCCUCUCUAAGAAGUGGGGUAGUGGGUUCAUAAUUACCAUUUUCUCUCCUCCUCCUGUGGCAGUCUGUCCACAAAAAAAUCCAUGUUUUAGUAUUAUUAAAUAUGGUAGACAUCCAGAGUAUCAGCUAGCAUUUUUACCCUCUUAAUUGCUGUUAUUUUGGUCUUGAUUCAAAAAUAGAGAGAGAUUAUUUAUGAUUUAAAGGAAAUCAACAUACGGGCUUCCCCUUUUGUAGGCUACUCCAGACAGGAGGUCUUGGGGAGGAACUGCAGAUUCCUAAGUGGACCCGAAACAGAUGAUGAAGCAUUACAGCAGGUUGACUGCCAAACUCUCCAGUUCUUGUCCUCACUCCUUCCUCUGCAAUUGCCACAUGGUCAACGUUUAUCUUUUCCUAACCAUGUUCUUGUUGUAAUUACUCUCCAGUUACGAGCAAGCAUCGAAGCCUCCAACCCAUGCACGGUCCGGAUCCUGAAUUACAGGUCUAACCCUCCUGCCCUCUCGAUCUUCUCCUAUUCUACUCUUCUUCGCAUACUACUCUCUUCCGGAUCUGAGGCCGUUGACCUUGUGCGGUGAUCUCAGGAAGGACAGGAGUACGUUCUGGAACAUCCUCCAUGUGUCCCCUGUUCGGAACGCCACCGGCAAGGUAUGGCCAGCAGCAGGCGCCUUAUUUCCCUCACUCUGAAUGCCAUUUGUCUCGAGGGGAUUUUGACUAACAAUGAUUCCCUCUGGGUCAAUGCUGGUAGAUCGCCUUCUUUGUCGGGGUGCAGAUCGACGAGGCUGCGAAGGCAGACGGUCAGGGGCUCAGCCCGGGGAUGAGGCAAUUGGGGGCAGUGGGCGCAGUGAAGGUGGCUGUGAGGAGCCUGUCGGCUGGGCCGGGCCCAUCGAGGUCAACGUGA